AUGCCGCAGAACUUGGCAUUCCUCUUCACCAAGAUCACGCCGGAGCAGAUGAUCUACAUGUGGAAUGUCCUUACCGCAAUUUUCUUCACGCAAGUGCUGAUGGUGAUCGGCUACUGUGCAGCCUUGGCUACCUUCCCGGACUACUGGUUGACCUGCACGCUCUGCUUCGGCCUCCCGUUCUCGUACAUCGCCAUCCAGAACAUUUACAUUGAUCACGAUGUGAUGCAUGGUGCCACUUUCCCGGUUUACGAGUGGCAGCGCUUCUUGACGCAUCCGUUUGCAGAUUUUUUCAGCCUUCCGUGGGAGGAAUUCGUGCUGGAGCACAACAGGCAUCAUGCCUCAACUGUGGACUUGCUGAUCCAGGGCGAGUUCGGCUGGGACCCUGAGGAGUUCCAUUACGCCCUCCAGCAGUGGGCCGGGCCAUGGAGCUCCAACUGGUACAAGUACCUGCUCACCGUCCCAUUUAUCCCAGUGAUACAUUUCUUUGGUCUGAACGAUACCGGCUCUCUGUUUGCCUUGGAGUGGUGGAUGCACUUCCCCGACGAGGGUGCAGGUGGCAAGUGCAACAAGGAGUUCUGGAGCAAGUGGAUUCCACGCCGCGUAAAGCACAAUGCCUUCGUGCUCUCGCUGUGGGCCUGUGUGUGGCUGCUCGGCACCUACCCUCUGGGACGUCCUCUGAGCGAGGGCUGGCGGUUCAUGUUCACUGUGUCCGUCUUCGCUCGCAUCGGCUACUCCGCGGCCUGGAUGUUCAUCACCAACUUCACUCAUAGCUUGCCUUGGAACGAGUUCCUGGCACAGGAUCCGGGCCGCACCUGGCCUGUCCUUCAUAACGUGAUGGCCAUGGUUCUGGGAGGAAAGCACCGAUGGAACGAGAUGCUCUUCCACGAU